AUUUAAACUUGGGGAGCAAGAAAGAAAAGUAGCAACUUACUUCGUAUUUCUCAAAUUUGCCUUUAUUUUUUCUUGGUUCACUCAACAUUCUACUAAUGCUGUCGUUAUCACAUUGACCGUAUUUAAUUAUCUUGAAGCUCCUUCCAUGAAGCUUCAUACUAUUACUGGCACAGUACAAUUUCAACCUCUACUUAUAAGGGUUAUGAUCGAUUCAAAGUUACAAUCUUGAGUUCAUUAGUUUCCUCAUUUUUCUUCAGGUACUUCUAUCAUCACUCUUCUCACUACAUUUAAAAUUCAAUUAAAGCUUGCUUCUUUCUUUCGAUUUGUUCAUUUAUCCCUUGAUUUCUUGUUUUUUGAUUGAUUUUUAGCUGAUUUUGUUGGUGGUUUUGGGUUUUCUGUAACACCCACCACCUGUUUGAUCAUUUGCUUGUGUGAAAAACCAUAAAUACUCUGUUUUUUCCUUUUUCUACCAUGAAUUCUGUACUUGUUGAUUCUGAUCUCAUGAACUCUGCCUUCAAAUUCUACCCAGCAGAAAUGGGUUCAAAUUAUCUAAAGAACCCAACUUUUGGAGAUUUCUUUCAAACCCCUGAAUUUGUUGAGCCUCAAACCCUUGAAUUUGAAGAAAAUGAGAGCAAAAUCAGCUUAGAAGCUCCUGAUUCGAUUAAUUUGGAUACUCUUUCAAUUGAUCAAAAUGAGAGCAAUAGUAGUUGUUUGAAAAUACCUGAUUUUCCUGACCAUUGUCUUAAAUUCAUAAGUGAUAUUCUUUUAGAGGAAGAUUUGGAUGAGAAUCCUGCCUCUGCACAAGAGCAUUGGGCUCUCCAAGCCACUGAAAAAUCUUUGUAUGAUGCUCUUGGGGAGUCAUACCCAUUCCAAAAUCAAUACCCUCCUUCAUCUCAUUAUUCCCCGUCAACUUCGGAUCCAAACACUAUAUCCGUAGAUGAUAGUUCUUCUGGUAAGAGUUUUAGCUCUUUUGAGUCCAAUUUGACUUAUUUGAGUCAUAGCCAACCUCAAUUAGACCUCAAUGUGGAUGAUUUUGUUCAAUCCUUCUUGGAAUUGAAUCCACAAUCCUCUGGCUCGAGCUCUGAGGAUGGCGAUGAUGGGGUAGUAAAUGAUGUUGUUGUCCCUAAGAAGCCCUUAUCGACUGCUCCCAAGAAAGGGGAGAAGCCGGUUAAGGGCUUGAGGAGGAAGAAAAGUCGUCAAAGGGAUGAUGUUGAUCAUGAAGGAGGAAGGUGUAACAAACUUCAAGCCUCUAGUAGUGAAGAUUAUGCUGAGUUGGAGCAGUAUGAUGAUGUAUUGCUUUGUAGUGAAAACAAGAUGCAUGCCUCUUUAAGUCCCAAAGAAUGUUUAUCAACGACAAAGGGUCAUGGAAGUAGAGGAGCUCGUGGGAAGAAGCAAAGCAUCAAGGUGGAUGAAGUUGAUUUAAGGAAUCUUUUGGUUCAAUGUGCGCAAGCAGUUUCAAGUUUUGAUCUUAGGUCGGCUAAUGAGCUGCUUAAGCAAAUUAGACAGUAUUCCUCGCCAUAUGGUGAUAGCAUCCAAAGGGUUGCCCAUCAUGUUGCUAAUGGUCUAGAGGCGCGUUUAGCAGGCACUGGUUCGACAAUCUCUACUGAUAUCUGUGAUAUGAAAAUCUCAUCAUCCGAUUUCUUAAAAUCCUACCGGCUCUAUGUCUCAGCCAUUCCUUUCAAAAGGAUGUCUUAUUUUCUAGCCAACAAUACCAUUAAAAAGUUGACCGAGAAAGCAACCAAAAUCCACAUUAUUGAUUUUGGUAUAUUUUUGGGUCUACAGUGGCCCUGCUUCAUACAGGCACUUUCACAAAGACCAGAUGGUCCACCAGAACUUCGUAUUACAGGAAUAGACUUUCCUCAGCAGGGUUUUCGGCCAGCAGAAAGGGUUAAUGCUACAGGACGCCGGCUAUCAGGUUAUUGUGAAAGAUUUGGAGUGCCCUUCAAGUAUCAGGGCAUAGCUGAGAAAUGGGAAAAUAUAAAGCUAGAAGACCUGAAGAUUGAGAGUGAUGAAAUGGUGAUUGUGAACUGUAUGUUCAGAUCCGGAACACUACUUGAUGAGACAGUUGAACCAAAUAGUCCGAAAGAUGCUUUCUUAAGGUUGAUAAGAAAUAUGAAUCCUGAUCUUUUCAUACAUGGAAUUGUGAAUGGUACAUUCACUGCUCCAUUCUUCAUCAAUCGAUUUAAGGAGGCACUCUUUCACUAUUCUGCUGCAUUUGAAGUGUUUGAUGCAACUUUACCUCGCGAUGCACAUGAAAGAUUGCUGAUUGAGAGCGAGAUGUAUGGGAAAGAAAUUGUUAAUGUUGUAGCGUGUGAGGGUGCGGAGAGAGUACAAAGGCCUGAAACAUACAAAAAGUGGCAGGAGCGUGCAUUAAGGGCAGGAUUACAGCAGGUACCAUUAGACAGGGAGUUUGUGAGUAAAACAAAGGCCAUGGUAAAGGCAAAUUAUCUUAAAGACUUUCUCGUGGAUGAAGACAGACAGUGGAUGCUCCAAGGUUGGAAGGGCAGAAUCUUCUGUGCCCUCUCCUUUUGGAAACCCUCCUGAUUACAGUGAUAAGCUGAUAACUAUCCUUAUGAUCCUAUGUUUGUAGUGUCAAUCUGUAAUAUUGAAAUCAUUAUGUAACAUAUAAUUCAGUCUUUCAUCUGUUUCGUGGUCUACGAUUUCAAGUAGAUUUUGAGCCAAAAAGAGUUUAGAUUCAAAUAUAUCAGAGUGAGCAAGGUGCAAUGUCACAUCUGACAUUUUGACUAUACCAUGCUCAGUCACAAUACUAUUGCAGAUCACUUUCUACUUGAUCUUAUUAGGUCAGCUAGGAGGUUUUUCAUGUGAUAUAUCUAGGAUAGUAUUGUAGAUGGUCUUAAUCUAUGUUGUAAAAGGGAGGCUUUUCUGUAUACCGCCUUCCUGCAAAUCUGAGAGAAGCUUUGUUUUGCUUCUUAUUGAUUGAUGAUUGUAAUACAUGUACUGGAGCACAUGUUUAUAAUGAAGCUUCUUUCAAGUCAAGUAUGAUAUAGAAUACAUAAUGAUGAAUCCA